AUGCCUGCAUGGAUCGCGAGGUUUGUGCAAAACGUGAGAAACAAAAAUAAAAGGGUUGGUCCACUAACUACAGAAGAGAUUGAAGUAGAAAAGAAAUUUUGGAAAGAAAAGGCUCAACGACAAGGCGAAGCGAGUGAGAAACUCAAACACAGAAGAUCAUCCGGAACAGUGGAAAAAUGUGAAGUUGUAAUCAUAAAGGGUGACGAACUUGAAAGGGCAAUACAGCACCUUUAUCCGUUGGAGCUGAGCUGCAACAUAGGAAGAAAUACGAAGACGAAAUUAAAUCCGGAGAUACCAGCCUUUCGACCGAGACGCAACGUAGCGGAGGUAGCGAAAGUUCGUAUGAGUGACAUUGGAGAAGAUGAAAACAGUAACUGA